UUUACGACGAGACGGAUCAUGGGAGCACACUGGGAGAUGCGCGUUAUUAUCCUAUUGGUUAGUGCUCUGGCACUUACCGUUGCUGAGGACAAGGCAUCAGCUGAGACGACCGACGACGCCACCAAGGAAGACCUGAGUCCCGAGGCCAGCGGCAGAAUUUUCGGAUUGGGGCUGGACAACAUUCUGCACAACAAAUUCGGGUCCUGGGGCGGCUACAGCCCGGGCUACUACGGCGGCGGCGGUGGAUACGGAUACGGAAAUACGGGCUACGGGAGCAAGUAUGGGGGUUAUGGUGGCUAUGGGAGCUCUGGCUACGGAGGCUACGGGCUGAACAGCGGUUACAGCGGCUUGGGAGGUUACGGAGGAUACGGGAACACGGGCUAUGGGGGUUAUGGUGGUCUAGGGAGUGGCAUCGGAGGAUAUGGUACUGGAUACGGGACCAACGGGGCUUACAGAGUAAACUAUGUGCCCUACAGUCACAAGUAUCGCAAGUGA